AUGGAGGCUCUCCUGCGGUCACUUGAUUCGCUGUUGGCACUGGUUUCCCGUGGUGAUGGUGGGAGUUUUGUUAUUGAUCCUGAGUUUAAGCAGGCGCUUAAGCAAGCCCAGUCAUCUGUCGGCAGGUGGCGCGGUGGUGCUUGGAAAAGCGAGCGAAUACGAUUUGUGACCGAUUCGGUUAUGUCUUCCGUUUUGGGUGCCCUCUAUAUCAAGAAGACGCGCGUAACGGAGGCUGCACUCCCACUAUUACAACGGAUGAUCCACAAUAAUUGCAUUCAGUAUACGACAUCCAUCGUGCUAUAUCGGGCCAAUGGUAGCAGCAGCGUACUUUCGUGCGGGGCCGCGAUGUUCGAGGCGUUGGGGGAUGUGCUUGCACGCAUCACAGACGCGGGAUUACAGCUGACCAGCGUAGAGAUUUUGCAUGAUCUCGUGAGUGAUGACAGUUUCCCUUCGUUCACCGGUAAGUGUGUUACCCGGUGCAUCCAAACGUGUUGUCGCGUCGCCCUGUUGGGCGCGAGUGAAGGGGCUCGGGGGAUUAGCCGCGACCUGCUACCGUUAUGUGUUCUUCGCGUGACUCGAACUUUCCUGGAAUCUGCACCUACAGAUUCUCGUUCAUGCACCUUUACGUCUCUAACGCCGUUGGACGACUACGUUCAUGAUGUGGAGCCCGAUUCGAAGCACCUCCCCAUCAGUGUGGAGAACAACACGGAUCCCUUUGUCGAAGCUUCAUUGGGUGAAACGACAGGGGACGAAAGGGCAGCGCAGUCACUGAGCCAUAAUUCAGAGUGUGAGUUAUUCGCUGAGACCACGUUUUCCUCCUUUGACUACUUUCGAAGCACUUUGAAUGGGCAGAUAAUUGGAAGCGCCUUAUCUUCUAUGAAAAUGGGCCGGUUCCCUGACGCAAUGAAGGAUUUACUGUUACUGAUAAAGCAUACCUGUAGUCUUGGGGCUCGCACAGUAAGCGGAUCAGGUUCAACUGGUGAGGGAGGUCCCGAAGCACGAGCGCGGCAGCUUGCACUUGAUAUGCUUGAGGCGGUAUUUCAGGCUCUCCCAAUGGCAAACUGUUGUGCAGAGCACCACUGCGCGACAUGGUUGUCUCUAGUGAUUACGGCAACAAAGUACGACCUUACAAGGUGUCUUGCACGGAAUCUGACCGCAGUGGCCCCAGCUUCUUUCUUCGCCUCUGCGGUGCGUAUAAUCUCAUUGCUACUCCAAAAAUGUCAUUAUCACCUUGCUCGAGAGCUGCACACAGUUCUUGCUGUAAUGCUGUUUCCGUUAGCUUUGUCGCGUUACUCAAGUUUUUCUCAAAAACACGCAGUUGUGGACAUGGUGCGGGAGCUUCUCAGUGUUCCUCAUCUGUGUGUUUCGCUUUUCAUCAACUAUGACUGUAAUCCAACAUUUGACGCCGGUGGUAAGUACGGUGGGAUGCUGGAGCUCAUGGUAAAUUUCGUGGCCGAGAUGACCUUCACGCAUCUUAUUGAACCGGACUGGCUUUCUGACGACCAACAACAACUCCUGCGCAGUGGUUGUGCGAGUGCCAUACACAAUUUAGUUCACUCGUUGCAGCGCUGGAUCGCGGAAGAUCCUGAUGACUAUUCCCACCAGCAAACACGUGAGGUUGUGGGACAGGUGCUUUCCAGGCUUCCCGGUGACACGGUAUCAGAUAACCGUUGGUAUGAUGUGUACCGCAACUACUCGGAGAGGGACGUGAAGGAUGGACAUCGGGUCUCGGAAAGGGUGACAGGCAACAAUAUGCCCGUUUCCCCCAUAGUGACUGAUGAAUCCCUCUUCGAACAGCAGGGAGUUGAAAGACGCUGGAGUGUUGGUUACCACUGGAAGCACAUACAUUACCUGCUGCAUAGCAAGCGCACAGCACAGCUAGCUGUAGGCCUAAUCAACAAGGGUCAGUGGCGGCAGGCGAUGAGCUUCUUGAAGGAGCGAGAUUAUAUUCCGGCAGAGGGUGAAGAAGGCUGGAGUGCCUUUGCACUGUUUCUCAAAACGUACGAGGGUGUUGAGCGGGGAGCUUUAUGUGGAAUAUUCGAGCGCGUGCUAAAGGACAAGGACUGCGACCGCAUUCUAAGGGAAUACUUGCAACAUUUUUCAUAUAGAAAUGUGCCUAUCGACAUUGCGCUGAGGGACACUACGUGCGAGUUUAUGUCUUGGGAUCGUCCCACUUUCGAGGCGCAAGUGUGGGUAGUAAUCCAACAGCGCUUUGGUGAAGUAUACGCGGCACAAAACCCCCGCAGUAUUUCGCCUGAUGAUGCUAACGCUAUGGCUGGAGUGCUUCUGUUUCUUCAUACAAGCCUUCACAAUGCGAACGUGAGAUCUUCCCGGAUGACGAUGAAGGAUUUUGUUAGGAAUGGCAACGAAUGUGUCGCAGUACCGUUUCCCGAGGAUGUUAUGUGUGAGAUGUACACGCGUGUGGCUAGAAGUAAGUGGGAGCUGGAUAGGUUCCAACGGACACCCCGACAGGCUGAAAUGGAGUUUUCUUCACCUGGACUCGCCCGUAUGCUUGAUAUAUACAAUCAGCAGAGGCAACAGCAUGUUUUAUCUUCUGAGCAGCUAGCGCCCGCAGAUGCUGUGGGUCAAACUGUGGACGCAGCGGGACUGUCUCAUUCGGGGAGUGGUACGCGAGACGCCUCACUGGAAAACUUUGUUGGAUCAAGUGGACACAGCGAUUCAUCCCUGCUUGAUGCAUCUAUGUUACCCUACACGGAGGAGUUGGAGACAUUUAAAUCUCGUGAGCCUUAUCACCAACGGUAUGCUGAGUUGGCACUUCAGUGCCUGCAGCGCCUCGAGCGUGAGCACCGCGUACUCUGUGGCGACCGCGGUGGUGUGCAGCCCUAUGCUAUUCCACAUUACGCCCAGCAUGUACGACCCAUGCUGCUGAGCUUAUACCCACAAAUCGCGGCUACUAUAUACAAAGGUCUACGUGUCCUUGAGGUUCAGCCGAUACUUCGGCUGCUUCACGACACGUAUAGCAUGCUGGAUGACCUGGUUGCUGCCUUUGCGGUGAAUCUCACCGGAAUGCAUGUGGCUGUAGAAAAAAGAAUUCAGUACUACAUGCUGAGGGGAGGUACUCGUCACCUCCCACCUCCCACAAGGGCGACAUUUGCCCUGCCGCUCAUGAAUCUUGUGUGA